UGUCAAUAAAAAAUAAAUAACAAAUAUGCACAUUUUGAUUAUAUUACAUAUGUUACCCUUUGUCCUAAUUCCACCACAACUUUUUUCUCACAUCUCAUUUUCCAUCUUUAACCUCCAUUUCAUAUCUCUAUAUAUAUAGCUAACAUAUAUGAUAACAAUCACACACACAUAUAUAUAUAUAUAGAGAGAGAGAGAGAGAUUAAGCAAAAAAUCAAGAGAGAGAGAAAAUGGAAUUAGCAGGUUCAGAUCAUGUGAUUAUGUUCAUGGGUGAUAAUAAUGAUCACAGCAAUACUAAUCACUCCAUUAACCUAUCAUCAACAGAAACAAACCCCCCUGCUACAAAUCUCCAAACCCUACGCCGCGUCAGUUUCUCGAAACCCAAAGCCCGUUUUGCCGAGCCCGCAACAAACCCAAAGCACAACAACGUCGAAGAAAUAAUCGAACCCCUCAAACGAACCAAGACCUUCCACAACGACAGCGACGAAGAAUUCAGCGACGAAUUCAGCAGCGACGAAGACGAAGAAGAAGAGGAGUAUGACGAGUACGACGAAGAAGGAUACCGAAAGGAGAGGCGGGCCCGCAAGAAGAAUCGAUUCAAAAUCAGGUGGCGGAUACUCAUCGAGUGGGUGCUCUUCGUCGUCAUGACGACCAGCUUGAUAUGUUCACUGACGGUCGACUCGUUCAAGAACCGGCUCAAGUACGGGCUCGAGCCGUGGCGGUGGUUCUUGAUGGUCCUCGUCAUGUUUAGCGGCCGACUCGUCUCGGAGUGGAUCAUACGAAUCAUCGUAUUUUUCAUCGAGAGGAACUUCAUGCUGAGGGAGAAGGUUCUUUAUUUCGUCUACGGAUUGCGUAAGAGCAUCCAAAACUGCGUUUGGUUAGGGCUCGUCCUCGUAUCGUGGACCUUCAUAUUCAACGCGAAGCUUCACGAGCAGAACAAACUGCUCGGGAAAGUCUUUCAGGCACUAGUGGCGGUGCUGAUCGCCGCCACCAUAUGGCUGGUCAAGAUCAUACUGGUCAAGGUGCUCGCCUCGUCGUUCCACGUGGCGACCUACUUUGACCGGAUGAAGGAGAGCGUGUUCCAGCACUACGUGCUGGACACGCUCUCGGGGCCACCAAUGGACGACGUGGCGUACGAGGUGGCGCACCGCAAGAACAUGGGGGCGUCGAAGUCUCUCCCGACGAAGCUAAGGGAGACUAGGGUUUUGUCGAAGAAGUUCGGUACGAGGAAGAUCGAUAUCGAGAAGCUGAGGAAGCUUAGCAUGCAGAGCACCGCCUCCGCAUGGACGGUGAAAAGGCUUGUGAGCUACGUUAGGUUUUUCGGGUUGACGACGAUAUCGAAAACCGUCGAUCAGUUCGGUGGGACCGAGUCGGAGAUCACGAGUGAGUGGGAGGCCAGGAGUUGUGCUAAGAGGAUCUUCAAGAAUGUAGCUAAACCUGGCGCCAAGUUUAUUGAGGAAGAAGAUCUGAUGAGAUUCUUGAAAAGAGUUGAAAUUCACACUGUAUUCCCACUCUUCGAAGGUGCUAUCGAAACCGGAAAGAUCACCAAAUCCGCCUUCCGAAAUUGGGUGGUGCGCGCUUAUUACGAGCGAAAAUCACUAGCACACUCGUUAAACGACACGAAAACGGCAGUACAACAACUUCACAAACUAGCGAGUGCGGUUGUGAGCGUGGUAAUAGUGGUGGAAACCCUAAUGGUGAUGGGAGUUGCUUCCACAAAAGUUAUAGCUUUCAUGAUAACUCAGCUCCUUCUUUUAGGGUUUACUUUCCAGAACAUGUGCAAGACCGUUUUCGAGUCCAUCGUCUUUGUUUUCGUCAUGCACCCUUUCGAUAUAGGCGAUCGUUGUGUCAUCGACGGAGUCCAGCUAAUUGUGGAAGAGAUGAACAUAUUAACAACGGUGUUCCUUCGAUACGACAACGAGAAGAUCUACUACCCUAACUCGGUCUUGAUCACAAAGCCGAUCAGUAACUUCUACAGAAGCCCGGAAAUGGGCGACGCAGUCAAUUUCACGAUCGAUCUCUCCACACCGAUGGAGACAAUAGUUUCACUCAAGAAAGCAAUUCAAAUGUACAUCGAGAGCAAGCCAAAGUAUUGGAAUCCAAAGCAUUCGGUAAUAGUGAAGGAAAUCGAGAACGUUGACAAGAUGAAGAUGGCUUUAUGCGUACAACACACAAUCAACCAUCAAAACUACGGGGACCGAAAUGUACGAAUAACCGAGCUUCUCUUCGAGCUGAAGAAGAUAUUCGAAACCCUAAACAUCAAGUAUCAUCUCUUACCUCAAGAGAUUCAUCUCGCACAAUUCAACGGGAGCAAUUGGAGGGGCCCGCCAUUGCCUUCGUGAAGUAUAU